AUGGGAUCUCAGUUAGGGGUAUGUUUUUUAUAUAAUGAUGAUGAACUUAAAGAAUUACCUUCAAAAAAAAAGUAUGCUACUUUCCAUAAUAAUGAUUUGGAUUGUGAGGAUGCUUAUUUUUACAAUCGUGCUGACUUUCCUCUAAAACAGGAACUAUGGCUAAAUAAUGUUUCUAAAGAAAUAUAUAAGGCCUUAUGUUAUAUAUAUAAAAAGAGUAAAACGGAGGGCUUUAAUCGUGAUGAUUGUGAUUACCUAUACUAUUGGUUAAAUGAUAUAAUAUAUAGAAAUAUAACAUUUCAAUUACAUUCUAUAGGUGUAAUAGAUGUACUUAAUUUUUUACUACAAAGUAAUGAUGGUCUGAAAAUAUGUUAUAAUAAUAUAUAUAAUGUCGAUAAAGAUAAUUAUAUGGAUAUUAAGUUGUUAUUUGAUUUUUCGAAGGAUUAUGACACGCUUAAAAAUUAUUUUAGUAAUGGUAAUAGGUUUUGUAAUAAGGCUUUUCAGAAUUAUGUGUAUGCAUAUAUCAUAAAAUAUAACGAGUUCAAAGACAAGUGUAAUAAAUCAAACAAUAGUGAAGCGACUUGUAUUGUUUUUAAAAAAUACUUUAAAGAUAGAGAAAAUGAGAACUUAAGUAACUGGACAUGCAAUUCAGCAGGAAAUACAGAAGGAUUGGCAUCAAGCGAAAAGAAUCAUAAAACUCUGGAAGAACUAUUUGAACCUGAGGUAGUGCCACGAAUAGAAUCACAAGAAAAUUCACAAGAAGAAACAUUUCAAAGAGAAGAACAGGGCGGUCGAAGGGUAGUAGAACAUGAAAUAUCUAAAUAUCAAGAUGGAGAGAAACAUAUAAUUGCAGAUCAGGGCCGUUUCACAGGCUCAAAAUCUACAAAUUCUUAUGUCCAUAUUGGACAUUCAGCAUUGAGUCCCAUUAUUGAUGAUCCAAUCAAUUCUUCAGAAUUUACGGUUUCAAAAGCUAUGACCAUUGCAUCAUUAAUUAUAGGAAUUACAGUUUUUUCAAUUUUAUUUUAUAGGGUAAUUAUUAAUCUAAAUUAUAAAGAAAAUUUUACCCCAUUUGGGUAUUGGGUAAAAAAGGUCUUACUAGGAAAAUCUAAAAGGAAACGUAAUAUAAUAAUGGAUAGGAAUAUAAUAGAAAAUUAUACGAUUCCUGAAGAUUUAGGUUCACCUAGAAGAUUUAAUGUAACAUACAGUAAUAUAUAUUAG